AUGGCAGAUUCAGAAGGGUAUACAUGCGAAGGUUGUCAUCAAGUUUUUUUAAUUAAAAAAGAAAAGGAAGAUCACUUCGAAGAGGUUCAUUUGAAAAUAUUUGCUUGUGAAGAGUCAGAUAAUUGUAUAGCUGAAUUUAGAAGCGACCUAUUACGGGCUAUCCACAUUAUGGACAAACAUCGAACCAUCGAAAAGCACAAGUGUGAGAAUUGUGAAGAUAAGUUCUGGUUCAAAACAGUGUUGAAUGAACACCUUGCACAAAAACAUGGAAAAAUCCUAAGUCCGGAAUGCGAGGAGUGUGGCAAGUUAUUUAAUUACGUGGACGAUCUGAAGAAACACUUGAAUAAGGUUCAUUCGAAACUCCAAGCAUACAUUUGCCCGGAACACUGUGGUUUAUUUUUCCCGAUAAAGGAUGAUCUGAUGCGACACUUGGUUGAAGUUGAAAAAGUGACGUGUCAAGAAUGUAGACAAUUUUGUGAUUGUAAAACGAAAUUAUAUACACACAUGAAAGCAGUUCACGGUCAAGAGUAA